GAGCUGUGCUUCAGUUCCACACAAAAUCCAGUACAGGUAUCUGGUGGGAAUCUCCCCUCCUCCCCCUGAGGCCGGGACCAAUCCUGCCAUUCAUCUGCCGGUCUCAGGUGUCUCUAGACCUCUUACCUGGGAGCUGCGCUCACUCCAGACAUGGGCUGCCGUCUCUAUAUGGAAUAACCUUCCACCAUGAGCAUCCAGAAAGCUGAAAAACUCUGCCGGAACAAAUGGUGGUUUCUGAACAGUCUGAUGGCUGCGCUGUUCCUGUCCCUUUGGUGGUUCAGCAUGAAGGAGACUAGCUGGCGCCCCCGACUCACGUUCUCCUACAAAGGGCAGAGGACGGACGUGCUGCUGCUGUCGCCGUGGCUCGCACCCAUUGUCUGGAACGGAACAUACAACUCUGCAAUACUGGAUGCGCAAUUCCACCAAAGGAAUGUCCGCAUUGGGAUAACCGUGUUCGCUAUUAAAAAGUAUACGGCGUUUGUCAAAACUUUUAUAGACACCGCUGAGAAAUAUUUCAUGAUUGGCCACAAGGUCAUCUACUACAUCUUCACUGACCGCGUGGGCGAUAUUCCAACCCCCGACCUCGGAGAGGGCAGAAGCGUGACUGUCCUGGAAGUUCCCAGCUACCAAAGAUGGCAGGAGGUGUCUAUGAGGCGCAUGGAGAUGAUCCGUAAGUAUUCACAGGAACGAUUCGUCAACGAGGUGGAUUAUUUGGUGUGCGUGGACGUGGACAUGAGGUUCAGCGAUGAGGUUGGGGUGGAAAUCUUAAGCGAUUUGAUUGGGACGCUGCAUCCUGGUCUGUACGGCGCUCCGCGGGAAAGUUUUACUUAUGAGCGGAAACUGCAAUCUGAAGCCUACAUUGCGGCGGAGGAGGGCGACUUUUAUUACGCGGGAGGAUAUUUUGGGGGAACAGUAGCAGAGGUCUACAAGCUAACGGAUUUCUGCCACAACGCCAUGAUGGCCGACAGAGCCAACAACAUUGAAGCCAUUUGGCACGACGAGAGUUACUUGAACAAAUAUUUCCUAGAUCACAAGCCGACGAAAAUUCUCUCCCCGGAGUAUCUAUGGGACGAGAAAUUUGGUUCACCGGACUUCCUGCAGAGGAAGCGCUUUCUCGCCGUGCGGAAAAACCAUCGUCAAAUCCGAAACAGACGAUGAAAAAGUAAAGCGUUAGGUAACUUAUUCAUUCAGAUUUGCAGAUUGUUCGCUUUUUUCCUGUAUAUACAAUAUUUUCUUUGUGCAUGUACAAUACAUUUAAGUAACUUUU